GUUUCAGACAAAUAUGAAAACGGGAAUCACCCUUUUAAAUUGCACUCCUCAGUCCUCAAAGGUCUCCGUUCUCAACAAUCAUAUCAAAACGAAGGAAUGGCAGAAAAGGAACGUCGAAUCCUGGUGGCCGUGGACGAAGGAGAGGAGAGCAUGUACGCCCUCUCCUGGUGCCUCCACAAUCUCGUUUUCCCAAAUUCCAACGACACACUCAUUCUCCUCCACUGCAAGCCCUCUCGUCUUGUUUAUCCAGCCUUAGAUGGCACCGGAUAUUUGUUCUCUUCUGAUAUAACGGCGACGGUGGAGAGGUACAGCGACCGAGUGGCGGACGGCGUCUUGGAGAAAGCUCAGAAACUGUGCAUUAAUCUGCAACAGGUGGAGACGAGAGUGGAGAACGGGGACCCGAGGGACGUGAUCUGUGAGAUGGCGGAGAAGUUGGGAGCGGAUGUGCUGGUGAUGGGAAGCCAUGGGUACGGCCUCAUCAAGAGGGCUCUCCUUGGGAGUGUCAGCAGCCAUUGCGCUCAGAACGUGAAGUGCCCAGUGCUCAUUGUGAAGAAGCCCAAAACUUCGUCUCCCCCUUCCCGCCCCUGAUUCACUCGAGAUUCCUUCCUUCUCCCUUUCUUUUGCGUGCCCUGUUGUUGUGCUGUUUUGUUCUCUCAGUAUAAUUUCAGAUUUUUUAUUUU